AUGAAUUCAGACGAGUAUCCACAACCAUCAGCUCCUCCCCCACCACCAUACUAUGAACAUGUCAAUGAUAAUAGACAUCUAUAUCCUGAUCCACAUUCAACUCGAAAUGAUUCUGAAUCACGCGAUAGUUACAUGGCUAAUUUCAAUAAGUUCGUUAACCGCUAUGAAAUUAGUAAAGCUUUUGCUGAUAGAUUACAUGCUCUUCGAGGUUGUGAAAUCGUGUUUAUUUGUGACGAUUCAGGUUCGAUGACUGCACCGAUUGGCGAAAUGAAUGAUCCAUUCGGUAAACAAGUUACACGUUGGGAUGAAUUAAAGCGAAUAGUAUCGAUAGUAGUUGAUUUAGCCAAUGUUUUUGAUCCGGAUGGUAUUGAUGUUUAUUUUCUCAAUCGUGAACCAAUAUUUCAUGUACAUGAUUCAUCCGAAUUAGAUAAUCUUUUUGCUGUUGCGCCAGAAGAUGAUAAUCAAUCUAUGAAGUAUUUAAACGAUUGGGAUAAAACAAUACCGAAUCUUGAUGUUGUUGCUGACUAUCGAAAUGAAAAGAAAGAAGUUCAAAUGUGUCGUGGUAAAGAUUUUCAAUUUAGUUUCGGUGAUUAUAUUGUCAAAAUUUUAUUGGGUGGCACAGAUAGUUGGCUUGAUGAUUGCAACGAGAAGAAGUAA